AAGCCAGCAGAACAGGCGUCUUUGAAACCCGUCGCCAUGGGAAAAAGUGAUGAAGAUUUGCUCCCGGCGGACAUCAAGAAGGAGGUGAAGCAGAAAGUCAACUUCGUAAGGCGACAGCCCAAGAAGGGAGAUGAGGUUGAGAUUCACUACACCGCCUCUGCGGGCGGCGUGUUGCUGGAUACCUCCUGCAGGGGAGAGCCCAUCAAGUUCACCAUGGGCUCAGGGAAUGUCAUGGAAGCCUGGGACCGCAUCGUUUCCACCAUGCGGAAGGGAGAGAUCUCUCGCUUCACAGUGCCGGAGAUGUAUCUCACUGGUGGGCCUUCGCAGUUUUUGGCGAAGCUCCCAGACGAUGGGCAGGAGGUGGAUUAUGACAUCGAGCUGGUGAGUGUGGUGGGCAUUCGAGAUGUCUUUGGAGACAACAGUGUCAUUGAAAGAAUUCACGACGACGGUGAAGAGUACGGAAUUUCGCCCAAAACUGGGGACGAGUUGCAGAUCAAUUACGAGUUCAGCUUGAAGAGCACGGGUCAAGUGCUGGACACCAAGCAAGGGAUGGAUUUCAGGAUGGCAAAGCACGCAGACAACGGUGUUUACUGCAGCAAGGCGAUCCAGAAAACCAUGGAGACCUUCAAGCUCAAGAGUUGUGGCACCUUGAUUUGUCGCUGGCAUCAUGCUGAACGUUCACAAGCUGCGGAUGAAGCACUCAACAUUCCGCCCAAAGAGGAACUUGUCAUCAAGAUUCAGCUGUUGGAAAUUUACGAGUUCGAGGACUGUGGCAAGAAGGCCUUCUGGGAGGAGGGCUUGGUCCUGAAGAAGGCGAUCAAACCCCAGAGGUGUCGCCUUUGUCCAGGCUUCAACGGCACCUGGUGCAAGGUGAAAAUCUUCAGCGCCACAGCGGGCCAGGAGGAGCUGUUGUCCGAGGAACAACUCAUCGAAACGACGGUUGGAGAAGGGGAACUUUGUGAUGCCAUGGAAGCUGCUUGUGGCGCCAUGCGCAAAGGAGAGGUGGCCUUAGUCACAGUGAAGGACUUGACUUUGCUAUCGCCUGGGCUGCCAGAGCUGAAGGUGCCAGCCGAGGGGCCCGUGGUCUUCAAACUCGAGAUGUUGGACUUUGGCAGUCCUGGCCCCGAAGAAGGCCCUUCAGAGAACUUGCUGCUGCUGAAUCUGGCAAAGAAGGUCAAAGAGAAAGGCUCGGAACACUUUAAAGCUGGUCGAUUUCGAUUGGCGCAGGAGCGCUAUUCACGGGUCAUCCAGCUGCUUCCUCGCUACAAGAAGCCCUUGGGAAGCACCACCAACACCGAGGUCUUCACCGAGUGGGUCGAGAAGAAGACCGCGGAGGAGUUGAAGCGCAGCAGUCGUCUGAACCUGGCGGCCUGUGCUUUGAAGCUCAACUUGCACUAUGCGGCUGCCAGACACGCUGAUGAAGUUCUCAAGGAGGAGCCCAAGAACAUCAAGGCCCUGUACCGCCGCGCGCAGGGAGCGCUGGGCACCAACGAUUUCGAUGUGGCGGUGAAGGACUGCAAGCGAAUCCUGGAACUGGAGCCCGACAACAAGGAUGCGGGGCUUCUGCUGCGGAAGGUCAAGCAGACCGAGAAGGAGCAGGACAAGGCUCAGCGAGAACAAUUUGGCGCCACCCUGGGAAGGAAGUUGCUGUGAUCCUGUCGAUCCGAAAGAAUCUCGAAAUCGGUUUGAAGGGAA